AUGUCAUGUUUGGUGAUUAGUUUGGAAGACUUGGAGUUUGGAUUUGGCAAUCACUGCGCCAUACACAACCCAUUGGGAGUCGACGCCCAGAAAAACGGCGACUUUUGGAUGGUUUUGCAGAAACCUAAACACCCGUUACCACCGAAUCAGAUCCAACUCAAAGUUCCCGUUUAUAUGACCAAAUGGGACGUCAAGAACUAUUUGGAAAACAUCUACAAACUGACGGUUAUGAAUGUGACAACUCGUGUCCGUUGCGGUGAUAUUAAGAGAGCCAAAGGAAAGAUAUAUCUCAUCAAAGAGGAGGACUAUAAGACAGCAUUCGUUGAUUUGCCGAAAGACACGACUUUUCAAUUCCCGGAUCUCUUUCCUAAAGACAGAGUGAAUCAGUUGUCAAAGGAUUUGUCGGACGCCGAGAAAGAGGUAGAGUUCGGACGAUUGAGGGAAAGGCGUAAAUAUUACAAGAAUAUGAGAGAUAAUGUUCCCGAUUGGUUCCAACUAUAAGACACCAUCACUUCGUUUAGUUUUAGAGAC